AAAAUGUGUUACCUCCUACCAGAUGAGGUUGCCCGCGGAAACGGACAGAAACCAGGAACUAGCUACCUCGGAAGCUACUAAACUUAAUCUAAAAUGUCUAAAAUACAGCUGUUAAGAGUGUUUCUCAAUGAGCGAUUAAGAACUGCUGCGGAGGAGAUAUUAUGGGCAGUUGAAAAAACGAUAGCAGAAGAAGUUUCCCGUUCAAAUGAGGAAAAUGACCGUCUACAGAGGCAGCUUGAAAUCGCUCUCAUAAAGCUAAACAGAGCAGACAUCCUCCAACAGUCAGUCUCGGAACAGGUUCCCCCUGAGCAGCAGCAGGAGUGGAGCCCCAGUCUCGGACAGGAGGACCCAGAGCCUACACAGAUAAAGGAGGAACAGGAGGAACUCAGGACCAAUCAGUGGGAAGAGCAGCUUCAAGAGCUGGAAGAUGAUACCAAAGACUCCAUAUUCACUAAUGCCUUUAUGGAACCUGACUGUGAGGACCCAACUCGGCACUCAUAUCUUUAUCAAGCCCAGAAUGACGGAAAAGAAGAGAGAGACUCUCUACCCAGCACCUCAACUGCACAUAUCAAAACAGAAACUGGUGGAGAGGACUACAGAUUAUCAGAACCAACCAGUGAUUCUCAGCCUAAUUAUGCAAGAAAUCCAUACUGUUCUGCAGCUCAGAGGGAAAACAUUGAUUGGAUGGGAGUCGGAGGGCCUCCGUCAUGUUUUAAACCAGUCAAAUCAAAGAAAAGAUGGACAGGAAAAAGACAAAGCUCCCAUAUGAAUACUAAGGGUAGAAAAUCCACAGAGUCGUCCGAUCUGAAAUCACCCAGGCAAAGGGAUAAUGCUCCUUGCCGUUGUAAAGUGUGUGGAAAGUCUUUCCAGUACAUGGGUUCAUUAAUGAAACAUGUGCAAACUCAUACAAAUGAGAAAGAACAUAUUUGUGGUGUGUGUGGAAAAUGUUUUGAGUCCACAGAAAGUAUGAAACAUCACAUCCAAACUCACAUUGCAGAUAGGAUGUGUUGUCAUGUUUGUAGUAAAUGCUUCACUAGCAAUAGGGAUCUGAUUGUGCACAUGAGAACCCACACAGGGGAUAAACCGUAUCAAUGUUCUGAUUGUGGCAAAGAAUUCAGCGUUCGCAAUAGUCUGAAAAGGCACAUGAAGAUUCAUGCAGGAGGUAAAGGAUAUAGCUGCAGUCAUUGUGACAAGUGUUUCAACACUAGCUUCCGUCUGACAUUUCACAUGAUGAGGAGUCACAGGGGCGAAAUCAUACAGGUGUCCUGUAUGUAGAAAAACUGCUUUACCCAAUCAUGUGUAAUCAGAAAAGUCACACUGGGGAAAAUGUGUAUGAGUGCAGUGAUUGCAGUAAAUAUUUCAGUGACAGUGGCUGCUUGAAUUUCUAAAAAGUCCACACAGACCACUGUCAUAUACGGUGCUCACCUAAAUCUGUAUAGUCCUAAUGCUGGAGUAACUCGCCUUUGAAUGAGCCUCGCUCGCAAAAAGAGACAACCUGUGUGUUUUUGGAGUUCUAUUAUGGUGGGAGGAAAGGAAAUUAGCUACUAAUGGUAAUACAUCUAAAACAUAAUAAAAGUACUGUGAUUUCAA